AAAAAAAAUACUAUAUAUUAAAAUUCAGCAAAACCCACACAACUUCACUGAAACUCUUUAAAAAAAAAUGAAGAACAACACAAACAGCAGCAGAAAUAGAACCAUUUUCUUACAAAUCUUAAUUCUUUUAUCUCUCUUAAUCUUUGCAUUUCUUUUAUUCAAUCCACAUUUAAAUUUCACUUCAAGAAUCCAAGAAAAUGGCAGCAAAUUUGGAUUUCAAGAUCAAGAAAUCAGUGUAGAAGAUCAAGAAAAUGUGGAAGAUUGUGAUUUAUUUGAUGGAGAAUGGGUUUUUGAUAAUAAAACUCAUCCUUUGUAUAAAGAAAAUGAAUGUGAAUUUCUUGAAGAUUCAGUAACUUGUGUUAAGAAUGGCAGAUUGGAUUCUUUAUAUCAGAAUUGGAGAUGGCAGCCUAGAGAUUGUCAUUUGCCCAAGUUCAAAGCAAAAGUUUUGCUGAAUAAGCUAAAAGGAAAAAGGCUUAUGUUUGUUGGAGAUUCAUUACAUCAUCAGCAAUGGCAAUCUAUGAUUUGUUUGGUUCAAUCUGUCAUUCCUCCAAAUAAGAAGAGCUUAAUCAAUUAUUCAAGUUCUCUCACAAUCUUCAAAAUUGAGGACUAUAAUGCAACUAUAGAGUUUUAUUGGGCACCAUUUCUGGUGGAGUCAAAUUCAGACAGUGUAGCAAACAGAAAAGGCCAAUCUGACCGUAUAAUUAUGCCAGAAUCAAUCACAAAGCAUGCAAAUAAUUGGAUCAACGUUGAUUAUCUUAUAUUUGACACAUAUAUUUGGUGGAUGACCUCCAUUUACACCAAAGUAUUACGAGGAUCGUUCGAUGAAGGAUCAACGGCAUAUGAUGAAAUUGAAUUGCCAAUAGCAUAUGAGAGAACAUUGAAGACAUGGGCUAAUUGGGUAGACAACAAUGUUGAUCCUAUGCAUACUUCAGUUUUCUUCACCAGCAUGUCUCCUUCUCAUCUCAAGAGUUUGGAUUGGGACAAUCCUGAUGGGAUCAAAUGUGCAAAAGAAACAACACCGAUUCUGAACAAGACCAGACCAUUGGAGGUUGGCUCAAACCACCAGCUUUUCAGGAUUGCGGUGAACGUGACUCGAUCGAUGAAAGUACCGGUCUACUUCCUGAAUGUAACGACAUUAUCCGAAUACCGGAAAGAUGCUCAUACAUCUAUAUACCAAGCUGUUGAUGGCAAGGUACUGUCCCCGGAGCAAAGAUCGGAUCCGUUGAAGUAUGCGGAUUGUGUACAUUGGUGUCUUCCAGGGUUGCCGGAUACAUGGAACGAGCUACUCUACGCGCAUAUCGUAUAUCGUUCUUGACAUUUAGAGACGAUAUAUGUUUGAUGUUUUGAAAUGUUUUAUGUCAUACAACUAUACAAGCCUAAUGGCAUGUUAUCACAAUAGAAAAUUACACUGUCAAAUUAUUACGAAAAAACUCCAGCAUAAAUUAUUUAUGACUGGAUUGAAGAAAAUUUAUAACGAAUUUAUAAUGCAAUUUUUUA